AGGAAGACCUGUCAAUUGCUCUAUCCAGUCGCGCUGUCUCCCCCAAAGUAGUUUCACUGCGUGUUGUCACGGGCAGUGACUGAGGGGAUUUAAACAAACAACAUCCACACGCUCGAGCCAUUUCACAUCUGAGACCACUGGACCAGAACCACUCAGGGCGCCUGAUCUCUGCCCUCCAUGCUCCUGCAAUCCGGCGGGUGUUAAGAUCCAUGGAAGUGGCCGGCUUCUACGACGAGGGCAGCUUUGCUAUCCACAACCGAGACAGCAUUAUCAGUCCCGUCAGCGGCAGCUCAUAUUGGAGGCUCGGUGACUCGAUGACGGAGCUGGGCAUCGAAGAGCGGGAGAGAGCGAUAGACUUCAGUGUUUACCUGGACUCAGCUUUGCACUGCCCGCAGCAGCAUCAACAGGGGGACGUGUACUCAGAUUUCCUGGCGGAGAACAAGAUCAAGAGAGUUGCAGCUUUACAGAGCUACAAGAACUACUCGCUGCUGAACGAGCUGGAGACAAGUCAGUGCGACAACUUGAGGGACCCCAGGGAGCCCUACGCGCUGGGUUACACCGAGCUGCAGGAGACCCGUGUGGAUAGUGUGCUCAGCCCCGAACUGAGUCGCUACAGAGCUGCCGCCGCCGCCGCCGCUGCUGCUGCUGCUGCCGAGAGAGACGAUAGUCAAGAAGACGCAAAGAUGGAGAACGGGUCGUCUGGUUAUGACAUGAGGUCCUACCUUCAUUACCAGUCCACCAGCGGCAGCCUCGGGAACAUCUCCACCGCGUCCUCGACUUGCUCCAGCCCGCCCGGCACACCUGCCCCGUCAGGUAAAAACAGGUCACCAUCGCACGGGGGCAAAAUCUCCAGCGGGAAGUCAAAGAAACGCCUGGACAAGGACAGUGAAGAGUACAAGGUGAGGCGGGAGAGGAACAACCUCGCCGUGAGGAAGAGCAGGGACAAAGCAAAAAUGCGCAACUUGGAGACUCAACACAAAGUGCUGGAACUGGCUGCGGAGAACGAUCGUUUACAAAAGCGCGUAGAGCAGCUGUCCAGAGAGCUGGCCACCCUGCGCAAUCUGCUCUCCGCCACUGGACAAUGUUAAGAAGAGAAAAAACAAAAAACAAAACCUCCACCAGAGACUCCUCACGGAUCACUGGGCCGCUUGUCUAAUCAUUGGUGGACUUUAGAGCCGGAGGUGAAAACGGUACGCUUCACAGGUGAAGACAGUGACCACCAGUUUACAAGGACACUUUGAAUGGGACUGUAGAAGUGGGUGCAUGGAUUGCGCAAUCAUUCACCAUUCUUCACAUGUCACUGUAGCUUUAUUCUCAGAUGUAAUUUUGUGUAUGCAGUAUUUCUGUGCAGGUUUUACAUACAUGCGAGUGAAUUUCUACAUUUUGUGUAUCUGGAGCAGUGUGGUUGUCAAGGGAAGAGUUGUGCUGCAGUGAAAUGAUGCAACUCUUUGUAAUACUAUUGGCAAUGAAUGAAAUAAGUCUAAUUAUUUAAUAUUGAAAUGGGAAAUGCUUUAAUUGUACUUGAUAUUUUAUUGAAUUAAACAGAUUUAUACUUUGUUUAAACAA